AUGGAGGAUUUUGUUGAGAACCUCGGCAUUCCAGCUGAGGGCCCUGAGGCAGGUGAUCUGCCCUUUCGACCUGAGAGUGUGUUUCUUUUGCAGCCUGACGGCACGGCCGAUCCUUUCUACCAGAUCGGUUUGAUUCGUUUGCCUGCACCCGGUGGGGCCGAAGAGCCCGACCCAGUUCCAGUCAUUCUAAUUACUCGUGUGCAAGGAAAGAUUUUAGCUGCUAUACCUUUCAGUUUUUGGCAGCGUUCCGUAGCCCGAAGAAAGCUACCGCCUCAAUCCUUUUCGAAAGCUGCUUCUGUUUCCGUCGGUUCAGUGUUAGAUGUUGAUCGAGAAGUUCCGAUAGAAGGCACCUACAUCAAGAUUUGGAUAGGUUUCCUGUCGGAAGAACUGAUCCAAUGUCUCGAUUUCGUGAGUGUUCAGUCGGCCGAGCUAGAGAACGCAUGCCUCACCGAACAGGAGGUAGGCGAGCAUGUUCCUUUGGCCGAAGCUCUUCAGACAGUAGCAGACGAGAAAUUCAGUUUCCUGUCGGCCGAAUCCGGAGGGCCCGAUCUUGGGAAGAGCAGUCAGGAGAAGCGGAUUGCCCGUGUCGAAGAGGCCCUAGUCGAGAUGAAGGCUCUCCUACAUCAGUUUGCCCAAACCAAGGCUCGACCGCAGAGCCCGGCUCCUGCAGCAAAGGCCCGGGUGACGUUCAAGCCGCCUACUCAGAUUCCCCCAGAGAAUCCAAUAGCUGGGCUGGACCCUCAUGUGGUGCAAUCAGCCCUCCGGGCAGGAGUCUCUCAGGUGCAGUUGGAGGAGCUGGGACGUAUGCUGACCGGAAAGAAGCCAGAUCUAGCGGAUGUUGCUCGCCCCUCUGCUUUGCGGAAGCCGGCUCGCUUGGAUGUGUUGGGAGAAAGCGACGAAGAAGGCGAGGAGCUCGAAAACCCCAUGCAAUCAUCCUUGCUAAAGCUCACCAGCAUUCUGGAGCACCUCACAAGCCCUACAAAGAAGCAGCGCAGUCUCCAAGACACUUUAGACGAUUCAGUGGGCCACGGGGAAGUAUCCUCUACUUCUUCCAGCAGCGGACACGGCAGACGACAUGCCGCUGUCCUUCAGACUUUGCGGAAAGCAAUGAGAGAUUGCCCAGAAGAGCUCUAUGGUGUUCUGGAGAAAAACAUGCUGCACGAUUGUGGUGCCCCGGAACUUGGUCCGGGUCUAGGUAUCAUGACAGCCACGCACGGUCCGCACCCUUUGGGCUAUGUGGAGCUCGAGACUCUCGAUGCUCUUCGACAGAAUCGCAUUGCGGAGGCAAAGGCUCGGCUGAGUCUUCUGGUUGCUGCCAUCGAUCAAGUCUCUUACGACAAAGGGUCGUGGUUGCUGGGUGCGGAGGUCUUGCUCGAGGAUGGACCCCCCUUUGGAAGUUUCAGCAAACAUCAAGCCCCGGAGAUCUUCGAGGUUCAUCACUCCCGACUUCUGCCAGCACAAUGGGCAGAGGCCAUGAUGUUUCGAAUCAGGGAGCUGGACGAUUUUGCAGAGAAACGGGCGAAGUUGGGAAAGCGCCAGAUUCAGAACGAUGCUCCAACGGGCGCUCCGCCGGCCAAACCAGACAAGCCGAAGCCGAAAGCGAAAAACAAGGGCAAAGGAAAGGGAGAGACGCAGGAGGAGAGCAAUCAUCCUCCUGCGGGCAGCAGCAAUUGA